CUUAUUAGUCAAAUUUUUAAGUUUUGUUAAUCACUUGUCAACAAAUACUUAUUGUUUAGUAGUAAACACGCUCCAAAGAAUUGUCAGACACGUAACCAAAGAAAUGUCAGACACGUGUGAAAUUAAAAUUUUAUCAUUGGAUAUAGAUAAAAGAGUAUUAGACACGUGCUUGAGAGUGUCUAAUGAGGGUCAGUGUUUGACAUGGGUUCGACACGGAUACGUCACCUUAUUGAGAGUGUUUGUGCUUCACAGAUAGGAAGAGUGACGUGACCAAGUUAAUAUAUGAUAUUUUGUGUCUUAGUAGCAAAAUUCAUGCAGUCGGGACAAGGCUUUUUGGAGUUGAGUUAAAUCUAUAGGAUAAUAUUGGUACCCAAAGCCUGAGCCUUCUCAUUUAGUAGUAGAUGUGAUGGUUUUGGAGUAGGUCUUAGGUGGAAUCUUGCCUAUCCAAAGAUAUGAAAACCACAAAUAGAUUAUGAAGAAAAUUUCAAGGUUCUGAUUGGAACUUAAGUUGACCCAAACUGGAUAUUUGCCACACUCUGCUUGCUUCUUCCUUCUAGGCGUAUAGGAUGACAUACUUGGAAUUAGCUUGAGGAUUUUUUGGUUGGAGUUUCUUGGCCUUCAUGAUAUGACCUCUUGCACAAAUGCUGGGGAGAAUUAUGAGGCUUCAUUGUCUCUAUUUGUAUCUAUAUACUGGGUCCAACGUAGGAAGACAGUAUAGUUACUGAUCUGCUUCUAGGCACAUAGGAUGACAUGUUGAGAAUUAGAUUGAUAGUUCUUUUGUUGGUUUGGUUUGGAGGAGAACUCUAAGGCUUCUGUGUCUCUAUUUUAGCUUGAUACAAGAUCCAACUUAGGCAGAUCCAUUUUAUCUUGAUUCUUGAUCCAACUUAGGCACACACAUUACGUGAUAACUUUUCUCAUCAUUGGACAAAAUUACAUAUUUUUAAGUAUAUCAGCUUUUUGAAGAUGUUGAAACCAACAGUUUUGUUUCUCACCUGGUCAAAUCACUGAGCUGGCACGCGUGAUGAAAUUUGGAACCUAUUUAUUUAUUAUUUAUCCACUUGGACUAGUGUUGGAUUAAUAUAGUCCAUUGGAUGCAAGAGUUUCCAUUUUAGUGCGUUAAAUGUAUAAAUUUUGGACUGAGUUGUCUAAUUAUGAUUGUCAGAAAUGUUGGCUCUCAUUUGAGGGAUUAUGAUUUUGAUUAUUUGAUGGCUGCUUAAGCAGCAUCGAGGACCAGCUGGUGACACUGGGUGCUUCAGUUUGACGAUAUGCAAUGGCUGCAAGGUCAAAUAUAACACUAAGAUCGGCUAAUAUUGGGCCACAUCAAAAGGGGUAACAUGGGUUCUUCCUGUGCUACAGCAAAAGGUCUCUGAUGUAGUUUCAAUUGAAUUUGAUGUAAAGGUGGUGUCAAGCUUGAUUGCUUUCAAUCAAAUGGACUCACCCCCAUAUUUCCUGGUCCCUGAUGGUGAACCCCUAUCUUUAAGGGAAUACAUGUGCUGGUUGGAUGACAAAACUCGUCCUGGUGGUCUGAGGGACCGACUGUAUUGGAUGUUCCAUUGACAUGACAGAGGCCUUUUUUUUUUUUCCCCGAUAUGUCGGGCCUACUUCGUCUAAAUUUAUUUUUGUUUCUUAAGGCUCCAGUGUGUCCCUGUACCUCGAGGAAAAAAAAAAUUAAACUGGGGAUGUUUGUAAUCUUGAUGUUGAAGAUAAAAGCUAAAGAAACAACUAAUAUAAUGAAUUCUCGAUUGGCACUGGUGUGAGGGGAACAUUUCAAUUAUCAGAAUUUUUUAUUAUACAAUGUAGUCACAGCCUGGUGCAUUACAGAAAGAAGCAUAUGGUAAUGAAUGAUAUCAAUAAAUGUAUCCAUGUGUCAAUAGAUGUCUAUGAUACAUCUUUUGGCUCUGCUGCACUUACCUUUCGACUUUGGCGAUAUUUAACUUGAAUGUUAUGUGGCGGUACUAUUAUUGGAUGCAGAUGCAAAAACUAGGUGUUAGUUUUAUCUUAACAGGUCAUUUAUCUUAGUAUACUGCCAUCCCUUUUAUUGCUCUACUUGUUUGGACAGUUGCUAAGUUUUUGUUAUUAUUGUAUUUCCCCUUUCUUUCUUUCUUUUUUUCUUCUCAAAAGUUUCUUUUUAAGUGUAUAAAGUGCCCUGUGGUGUGUAUGUGUAUAUUACUUCCAAUUUUGGGAGGACAAUGCAGCUUGACAUGCAAUAGAAGUUUAAAACCUUGUGAUAAUAAAUCUGAUGUUUAUAAACAUUUGGAAUUCAUAUAUGAUUAUGAUCUAAUCCCACUGCCAUAGACCGAAGCUUAUUUGGCAAUUGGUGUCUAUCAAGUGCAUUCCAUGUAUGAGAUGUUGCGUGAGUCACAAGAAAGGGUUUUUUAUUUAAUUUUGUUGCAUAAUGCCUAGACCCAUCUCAAACUGCAUGUUGCCCACUGCCUCAAUUCUGAUCCAUCCCUCAGGUGAAGUGCAUUCAAAUUUUUAGUAUAAAAAUGUCUUUCCUGCUGUUUUGGUUGGCUGGGUUCAAAUUGGGUUGCAUACUUGCACUUCAACUAGUGGUAUAGUUAUCUUCAUGUUGUUGAGAAAAUACGAGUUUAAAUCAAUAGUGGAGGCACUGAAUGCGUCAGAAUGCAUCUGUGCAUUCAUACAUGCCACACUUAUAUUGAUGUCAAUCAUGUGUAGGAUGUGGCCACGAUAUUAACAUUUGUUGUGUGUAUCUGAUAAAUAUGGUAGCAGUGUGGUGUGUAGAAAAUUCAGCUUGGGCCAUUCCGCAAAGGUCAUGUUGUUUGUCAACCAUAGAACAAAACAAAAGGGGCCAAACAUAAUAACCUUCAUUCUUUCAGAGGCUAGUAAAACCUUCAUUAUUUCUCCAGUUUCCAUGUUGACUCGUCACUUUUAUCUGCUUGUUACAGCAUUUUAUGGAAGGACAUGCUAAAAAUGCUCCAAUAUCUCGGUUGCCUCUCAUCGCUAUCUUAGACAGUAAACAUCAUCUUAAAGACACUCCUGUUUGCGAGGUUCAUUGGCAAGAAACCUUGAGGGGCUAUGUUGCAGGAAUUAUAACUACACAAAGGGUGCUUAUUGUUUCCGCAGAUUUGGAUAUAUUGGCCAGCAGUUCUACAAAAUUUGAUAGAGGACUUCCUUCAUUCAGAUCCCUUGUCUGGAUUGGCCCUGCACUUUUGUUCUCUACAGCCACUUCUAUCUGUAUGCUUGGCUGGGAUGGAAGAGUGAGGACCAUCCUUUCUAUUAGUACGCCUAAUGCAGUGUUGAUUGGAGCUUUGAAUGAUCGAUUGUUGCUUGCAAACCCAACAGAGAUAAAUCCCAGACAAAAGAAGAGGGUUGAGAUCAAGAAUUGUCUUGUUGGGCUUCUUGAACCACUUCUUAUUGGCUUUGCCACUAUGCAACAACACUUUGAACAGAAGCUUGACCUGUCAGAAAUACUAUACCAAAUAACCUCGAGGUUUGACAGCUUGCGGAUUACUCCAAGAUCUCUUGAUAUUCUUUCCAGAGGUUCUCCAGUGUGUGGAGAUCUUGCUGUGUCAUUAUCCCAAUCAGGACCACAGUUCACUCAGGUGUUGCGGGGAACAUAUGCAAUCAAAGCACUCCGGUUUUCCAUUGCUUUAUCUGUUCUGAAGGAUGAGUUUUUGCGUUCGAGAGAUUAUCCAAAGUGCCCUCCGAUCUCUCAUUUGUUCCACCGGUUUCGUCAGUUGGGAUAUGCCUGUAUCAAGUAUGGGCAGUUUGACAGUGCAAAGGAAACUUUUGAAGUUAUUGCAGAUUAUGAAAGCAUGCUUGACCUAUUUAUAUGCCAUCUUAACCCUAGUGCAAUGCGACGUCUUGCUCAGAAAUUGGAAGAAGAGGGCACUGAUUCGGAGUUGAGGCGAUAUUGUGAGAGGAUUCUAAGAGUCCGCUCCACUGGAUGGACACAAGGCAUUUUUGCCAACUUUGCUGCUGAAAGUAUGGUUCCCAAAGGGCCUGAAUGGGGUGGUGGGAAUUGGGAAAUAAAGACCCCUACAAACUUGAAGAGUAUACCUCAGUGGGAGCUGGCGGCUGAGGUGAUGCCAUACAUGAAAACUGAUGAGGGUACCAUCCCGUCGAUCGUUACAGAUCACAUUGGCGUUUAUCUGGGUUUAAUUAAAGGCCGGGGUAAUAUCGUGGAAGUGAAGGAAAAUAGUUUGGUCAAAGCAUUUAAACCUGACAGUGGGGACAUUAAGGUAAAUGGACUUCAGACAUCUCUAGUCACAUCCACAUCUGACAAGUCCAAGGAUGUUGGUUUCAAGGGUGAUUCCUUGAUGGGUCUAGACACCCAUGCUGAGCAAUUUGUGGGUCCUAAUACUGUAGAUGAACAGGCAAAGGCUGAGGAAGAAUUCAAGAAGUCACUAUAUGGUGCUGCUGCUCCUGAUGGUAGCAGCAGUGAUGAGGAAGAAACUGCAAAAGCUAAAAAGUUACACAUAAGAAUCCGAGACAAACCAAUUGCAUCUGCUGUGGAUGUAGACAGGAUCAAAGAAGCCACAAAACAGCUUAAACUUGGUGAUGGAUUGGGCCCACCAAUUGCUAGGACCAAGUCAUUAACGGCUGCGCCCCAAGAUUUUGGCCUGAUUAACCCUCAACCUAUCCCUGCAACAACUAGAGUGGUGACAGCUCCCACAGUUUCUGCCCCUGCUGAUCCUUUUGGAACUGACUCAUUCACACAACCUGCAGCUGUAUCACAAGCUACUCCUGUGGUUGUUGGCGCUGGAGUUACUGCUAGGCCAAUCCCAGAGGACUUUUUCCAGAAUACAAUACCGUCGCUUCAGGUUGCAGCAUCAUUGCCUCCUCCGGGGACUUAUCUGUCACAGUUGGAUCAAAAUGCUCAAGGAGUUAAAAGCAAUGAGGUGGUUGCAGCUAGCCAAGUUAGUGCGUCUGUGGCUGAUAUUGGUCUACCUGAUGGUGGGAUCCCCCCUCAAGCUCAACAACCUGUUUUCCCUGAGUCCAUCGGGCUUCCAGAUGGUGGCAUCCCACCACAAUCAAGGGCUCAGAUUUCUGUCCAGCCACAGUCUCAGGUUCAGGUGGCCCAGGCCCCAAUCUCCACCCCGCCCCUUGAUCUUAGCGCUCUUGAAGCUCCGGGUUCUGUAAACUCAGGAAAACCUCGUCCAGCGUCUCCCACAUCUGUGCGUCCAGGGCAGGUUCCCCGUGGGGCUGCAGCCUCAGUUUGUUUCAAGACUGGUCUUGCCCAUCUUGAGCAGAAUCAACUUCCGGAUGCAUUGUCCUGCUUUGAUGAGGCUUUCUUGGCACUAGCCAAAGAUCAAUCUCGUGGAGCUGACAUCAAGGCUCAAGCCACAAUAUGUGCCCAGUACAAAGUUGCUGUUACCCUUCUUCAGGAAAUUGGGCGACUGCAGAAAGUCCUGGGUCCCAGUGCCAUUAGUGCAAAAGAUGAGAUGGGAAGAUUGGCACGCCAUCUGGGCUCAUUACCACUUCAAGCAAAGCACCGGAUAAAUUGCAUUCGAACUGCAAUCAAACGGAACAUGGAUGUGCAGAAUUAUGCUUAUGCCAAGCAGAUGCUUGAACUGCUCCUAUCUAAAGCACCUCCAAGCAAGCAAGAUGAGUUGAGAAGCCUAAUUGACAUGUGUGUUCAGAGGAACCUGUCCAAUAAGUCUAUAGAUCCAUUGGAAGAUCCUUCUCAGUUUUGUGCUGCCACACUCAGCCGUCUGUCUACCAUUGGAUAUGAUGUUUGUGAUCUCUGUGGGUCCAAAUUUUCGGCUCUUGCAGCACCUGGUUGCAUUAUAUGUGGUAUGGGAAGCAUUAAAAGAUCAGAUGCACAUGCCCUGGCAGGACCUGUUCCUUCCCCAUUUGGCUGAGGCCCCGAACAGAUCAACAAUGUCUUCAAACUAAUUAGCCUGACAAGUUUGUUCCUUCUUGUAGAGUUCCCCAACUCCUCUCCGUAAAAAAGCCACUACCAGUGACGGUUAAUCUAAAAUGGAGAAGUUAUGGUCGUUUUGAGACGUGGAACUGGCCCGUAGGUACAUAGUGUACGCUUAGCUGUUUGUAUUUGAUGAAAACAAAUUUUUUGCUCCUCUUGAGGGUGCUCGGCAGGUAGGUGUUCUUCCAAAGGUUAACUCUCACCCCAUUUGGUUAUUGUUCUCCCCCUCGCUGUUUUGGGUUCUCAUUUUAUAGCAUUAUUGCUUGCAUAUACUUAUUCAUAGCUUCUGUAUCUAUGUAAAUCAAGGAUUUUUCAUUGUAUGUCAUUUUUUAAUGAUGGUGUGUGCCUGAGAAUUAAAUGGAAAUGCCAUUUUCUAUAUCAAGAGAUACCCUUGUAUUUUUUUUUUU